GUAGAGACACAAUAUCAGAUGUAUUCAUGUUAAACUCUUUCAGAAAAGACUAUGAUUGUCAUAUUCUGCCUAAUGACCAGUGUUUCUGCAACUUUAGGUGCUUCUCUCAGCGAUCAGGUCCACCAGACUCCAGCUGAGAUGUUCCACAAGCCUGGAGGAGCAGCCCUCAUCAACUGUUCACACAGUAUUGAGAGCUAUGAUCGGAUACUCUGGUACAAACACUCUAAUAACAAGCAGAUGGAGUUCCUGGGAUACAUGAACGUAAUGUUUGGAACUCCAGAGCCUGGAGUCAAUGUGAAAAUAAAUGGCAGCGCAAACAAAGACAAGAUCUGCACACUAACAGUUGAGGAUCUGAGUGUGGACAGCAGUGCAAUUUAUUUCUGUGCUGCUAGAUACCACAGCUCUGAAGCUUACUUUGGAGCUGGAACUAAACUCACCGUUUUAGGAAAAUCAGUCACUCCACCAACAAAUGUGACCAUUUUUCAACCAUCAUCUUAUGAGUGCAGAGACCAAAAGAACCAAAACGGGCAAAGGUGGAAGACCCUGGUCUGUGUUGCCUCUGGUUUCUACCCAGAUCAUGUCAGUGUAUCCUGGCAGCUCAAUGAAAAGGUCAUCACUGAUGGUGUGGCAACUGACCCCGCCGCCAAGAAGGAUAAAACUUCAAGAGAUUACACCAUCACCAGCAGGCUGAGGGUCCUUGCAAAGGAAUGGUUCAAACCCGAGAAUCGAUUCUCGUGCCUCGUCACAUUCUUUGAUGGAAAAGAAAACCAAAUCAAAACAGCAAAUAUUUCAUCAACUGAAACCGAUAAAGGCAUGACACGAGAGAACUACCUGAAGAUCACCCAGAACGCCAAACUCUCCUACGGUGUCCUGAUCGUGAAGAGCUGCAUCUACGGAGCAUUCAUCUGCUUUCUGGUGUGGAAGCUUCAGAGUUCACCAAGAAAACAGAGCAAGUGAGAGCGGAAAUGAAGCCUGAAGCAGCCCAUAAUAUUCAGGAGAAACGUUUUUAGCUUCUGUAAAUGCAAUUUGUGCAAAUGGCAGAUAGAUAUGUGUAUUUCUAUUGAUUUACAUUUAAAUGACCUGAUCAAAUUUUUCAAGAACUAAUAACAUUAUCUUUCUUGCUAAAGUGUAAAAGCUUGGAUUUUUUACUUUACUGUCUUUGUUUUUAUUAACCACUCCACACUUAAUCAUUUUUUUUUCUCAAUAAAGACAUAUAAAAAAAUGUUUUCAUCAUAGUGAUGGUUUUACUUUUUAUUCUCUUCUCAUCACUUGUUCCAGAGAAAACGGCUUACUUAUGUGUCUGUUUUCUGAGAAAUUAGCUCCUUUUUCUCAGCAUAAAGUUGUAAUGUCUCAACUCAGGAAAUUGUAAUACGCUGGUUUAACUGAGUCAUAAUGGGAUUUAUCAGUUUAAAAAAGUUAGUUUUUUAUUUUUUCAUUUUCUGAGUACUUACCAAUAUUUAUCUUUUCUUAACUUAUUUUAUAUAUAAAUUUUAUAAUUAAAAUAAAUUACCAACUCAAGUUUAACUUUAGGUUUAUUCAGUUUUCAACUUUGCAUAAAGAGAUGGUUGUUACGGUUUCCAUUCUCUGUGUUGGUGGAACAUUGUCAGUAUGAGUCUGCCACAAGAGAACAGGAAGUGAGCGUUUUCAUCUGUGCAGAAAAGAAGGUCAGAGCUGCUGGGGAGGAAGACGGAGCGAGACGUGAAAGCUGCAGAGAAGCAGAGAGUGACAACAGAGGACAGGAUGUGGUCACAGAGCAGCCUGCAGCUCCAUCUCUCUGCUGAGAAACGACGGAGAUGUAACCUUCAACCUUUACCGCAACCUCCGGCUCUCUGAGUGCACCUGCAGCCCCUACAUUCACACUGUUGAUCUCAGAGCAAACAGCUGCCACAGACUCCAUUUAUAUGUCAACUGAAGCUAAAAACUGAACAUGUGUCUUUAUGUGUUAUAUAACAAACAACAAACAACAGCUGUGUGUGAGGAUUUGGGGCAAAAGUUGGGAAUGAAUUUAUUUAUUUUACUUUACUAUUUUCAUAUAUUUGUAUUUGUUUGAGUUAAGAAUUACAUACCUGUAAGAAACAAUAAACAAAACACUACGUAUUGUGCACAACCGUC